UGAUAACUAUGUAAGUGACAGAGAGGAAAUUAAAGAUGAUAAUUAUAUAAGUGACAGAGAGGAAAUUAAACAAGAUGAUAGUUUUGUAGGAGAUAAGGAACAAAUUUUUGAAGAUGAUAACUAUGUAAGUGACAGAGAGGAAAUUAAACAAGAUGAUAGUUUUGUAGGAGAUAAAGAACAAAUUUUUGAAGAUGAUAACUAUGUAAGUGAUAGAGAGGAAAUUAAAGAAGAUAAUUAUAUAAGUGAUAGAGAGGAAAUUAAAGAUGAUAAUUAUAUAAGUGACAGAGAACAAGUUAUUCAGGAUGAUAAUUAUAUAAGUGACAGAGAGGAAAUUAAAGAAGAUAACUAUGUAAGUGAUAGAGAGGAAAUUAAAGAUGAUAAUUAUAUAAGUGAUAGAGAGGAAAUUAAACAAGAUGAUAGUUUUGUAGGAGAUAAAGAACAAAUUUUUGAAGAUGAUAAUUAUAUAAGUGACAGAGAACAAGUUAUUCAGGAUGUUAAUUAUAUAAGUGACAGAGAAUCAGAUAAAGAAAAUAAUAAUUAUGUUUAUGAAAAUGAUGAAAUUAUAAAAGAUGACAAAAGUAUAAACGAAAAAGACUCAAUUAUUCAUUAUGAUGAAGAAGGAAUAAUUAAAAAUAAAGAGAUUAUUGAAUACAUAAAAGAUGAAAAUAGUGAUAUACAAAUAUCAGAAAAUGAUAUAAUAGAUAAUAAUGAAAAUGAAAUGAUAGAUAAUAAUGAAAAUGAAAUGAUAAAUAAUAAUAGUAAAGUAGAAAAUAAUACAAGCAUGACAGAAUAUGAGGAUGUUAUAGAUAUGGAUUACAAAUCCCCAGAAAAUUUAUUUAUGUUUGAUCAAGAAUAUAAUAUUAAUGAAGCUCAUAAGGGAGAAAUUAAUAAUAAUGAUAAUAAUAAUGAAAAUGAUAAGAGUGAGUCUGGAAUGGUUGAACAAGAUGUUAGUAAUGAAGAAUAUAGAGAAGACGAUGAAAACAAUAUAGAUGAAAUAAAAGAUGAUGAUAAAAACAGUAUAGAUGAAUUAAGAGAAGAUGAUGAAAACAAUAUAGAUGAAAUAAAAGUAGAUGAUGAAAACCAAACCGAUGAAAUAAAAGAAGAUGAUGAAAACAAAAGCGAUGAAAUAAAAGAAGAUGAUGAAAACAAUACAGAUGAAAUAAAAGAAGAUGAUGAAAACAAAAGCGAUGAAAUAAAAGAAGAUGAUGAACAAAAUACAGAUGAAUUAAAUGACAUGAAAGAUGAAGAUAAUGUUGAAGGAGAAGAUAAUCAAGAAUUAAAUGAAAAUUUAGAAAGUUCAGAUGUACCGAAAGAUGAUGAAGCUUUGAAUGUUGAGGAUUCACCUGAAGAAGAAAAAGACACAAAUGUUAAGAGAGAAUCUGUUUCUUUUCGUGAUAAAAAGAAUGAAGGUUCUACUGAAAAAAAAAUUGAAACUAAAAAAGGUGGUUUACUUAUGGGUAUUAUGAAAAGAAAAAGAUUUAUGUCAAAAGAUCCAAAAAAGAAGUCAUAA